UAAGGCGUCAGCGCUAAGCCAGCCCACCGCCCUGGGCGAGGGAGUGGUCCGCCAAACCAUGCGGGAAAAGGUCCGACGCAAAACCCUUCGGCGACAUCGUGCGGCAACCAGCGAGCGAAGCGCACCGGACCGCCACCGGCUGUAAGCGAAAGGUUGGGAUGCAAGGAGCCAUCGCCUAUCGCCGCCCCGCACGCCACUAGACGGACCGGGGACCUCCGGGGACCGGGAGCCGGAUAUCCGAGCGGCCGAGAGCCGAAGUGCUGCUGUUUUGUGCCGAAGGCCCGCCUCUCGCAGGGACUAGUGACGUAUUGGUAUUCGGUGUCCCUGUUGUUGCCGUUCGGAAGGACUCACACCGGCUGAAGCGUAGCUUGUAGCGAUCCCCGUGACGUCGUGGUCCAUUGGUCAGUUCCGCAGAGGAGCUCCGCCGCGACCACCAACACCCCCCCCACCCACCCGCCGCACGGUUGUUGGAGGACCCCCUCACCUGGAGGACCAUUGAAAAAUUCCACCAAACAGCAUGGCCUCGGUCGCCGCUUGGUUGCCAUUCGCACGGGCGGCGGCCAUCGGCUGGGUGCCGAUAGCGUCCCACCCGCUGCCGGCCCCGCCCGUCUUCAAGGACCGGCUGCGCUCGGAGGACGAGAAGCUGAUCAUCAACGUGUCCGGGCGGCGGUUCGAGACGUGGCGCACGACGGUCGAGAAGUACCCGGACACGCUGCUCGGCUCGAACGAGCGCGACUUCUUCUACGAUGAGGACAGCAAGGAGUACUUCUUCGACCGCGACCCGGACAUCUUCCGGCACAUCCUCAACUACUACCGGACCGGCAAGCUGCACUACCCGCGCCACGAGUGUCUGCUCAGCUACGACGAGGAGCUCGCCUUCUUCGGCAUCAUGCCGGACGUGAUCGGGGACUGCUGCUACGAGGACUACCGCGACCGGAAGCGCGAGAACGCGGAGCGCCUGAUGGACGACAAGCUGUCGGAGAACAGCGACAACAACCUGCAGCAGCUGACCAACAUCCGGCAGCGGAUGUGGCGCGCGUUCGAGAACCCGCACACCUCGACCGCGGCGCUCGUCUUCUACUACGUCACCGGCUUCUUCAUCGCCGUCUCCGUGAUGGCGAACGUGGUCGAGACGGUCCCGUGCGGGGUCCGGCCGGGCCGGGCCGGCACCCUGUCGUGCGGCGAGCGCUACAAGAUCGUGUUCUUCUGCCUGGACACCGCCUGCGUCAUGAUCUUCACCGCCGAGUACCUGCUCCGGCUGUUCGCCGCCCCGUGCCGCUGCAAGUUCGUCCGGAGCGUCAUGAGCAUCAUCGACGUUGUCGCCAUCCUGCCGUACUACAUCGGGCUCGGGAUCACCGACAACGACGACGUGUCCGGGGCGUUCGUGACGCUGCGCGUCUUCCGCGUGUUCCGCAUCUUCAAGUUCUCGCGCCACUCGCAGGGUCUGCGCAUCCUCGGCUACACGCUCAAGUCGUGCGCGUCCGAGCUCGGCUUUCUCGUCUUCUCGCUCGCCAUGGCCAUCAUCAUCUUCGCCACGGUCAUGUUCUACGCCGAGAAGAACGUCGACGGUACCAACUUUACCUCGAUUCCGGCCGCCUUCUGGUACACGAUCGUCACCAUGACCACGCUCGGCUACGGUGACAUGGUACCGGAGACGAUCGCCGGCAAGAUCGUCGGUGGCGUAUGCUCGCUGAGCGGAGUGCUGGUCAUCGCGCUACCCGUACCUGUAAUCGUGUCCAACUUCAGCCGCAUCUACCACCAGAACCAGCGGGCGGACAAGCGGAAAGCACAGCGGAAAGCACGCCUUGCCCGAAUACGAAUAGCGAAGGCGGGCGCCAGUGCGGCGUUCGCGAGCAAGAAGAAGGCGGCCGAGUCGCGCCUAGCGGCCCAGGAGUCCGGCAUCGAGCUGGACGACAACUACAACGACGAGGACAUCUUCGAGCUGCAGCACCACCAUCUGUUGCGGUGCUUGGAGAAAACGACGGAUCGGGAGUUUGUCGAGCUAGAGACGCAGUACAACGGGCAGACGAAGCGGCCCGGGUCGCCCUCGCCGAUGGCCAGCCCGUCCCACUCCGCCAACACGGCCACCGGAGCCACCGGACUGCUGCAGUCCUGCUGCGGACGGUGCUGCUCGCAGCGAUAUCAGGUAAGACCACGACGCGACGACGCCUGCGAACUGUCCACCACCUCAUACUGCAACCAACAGCCAGGACACCGGCCCUGCUGAACGCAGGGCACACGCAGACACACAAACACACACUCACAGACAGACACAACACGAUCAACGCAGAGACACAUGGGCAAGCGGCUCAAAUCGGAGGUCUCAAAUCGGAGGCCAUCUGAUGAUUUCCUUGCGAACUGAAGUGAGCACUGAGCCCCGCUGGAAGCGCCAGACCAAUAUGGCGUGCACAUUGGCACCCGUAUCUCAAUUCAAGGGCAUCGGUUUUCGUCCGUCGUCGUUCAGCAAAAUUUGAAGCAACGGUUCAACGUCCUAGCGUGUCAGGAUUAAGCCUUAAACUGUGAUGAACCACACGAAUUGUGAUACUCUCGGGCUACUCGGGCUAUUGAUUGAUUAACACUCGCAGCCACAGGCCAAAUAGUUAAUCACUGACAGGCGAAUGAAAUAACAAGAAAUAGAACGAACAAACGCGAUGCCAAAACAGCCACAAACCGUUGUAGGAAUACACACGUCAAGCGAUGGAGUAAAAUUGGCUAACCACUUGCCCCAGGGGGCCACACGCGGUCUGUUAAGAAACUGAUAAAACCGGUGGUACAUUGCACAAACGGUGGAAAACACGACGACAGACGCGAGUGCCACGUGCCAGAACGGGAUCCAGCCCCAGGACCCGCCAAGAAAUGAGCCAUAAAAUAACGAUCUCUGAUGGCGAGUCGGAUUAGCUGUGCUCAGUUUUCCAUCGUUCCAAUCUGCCGACUAUCGGCCCGACUCCAAAAAGUCCUUCGGGUGGCCCCGUUACGACUCCCUAACUGGGUGUUCAUUGGGGCCCUUUCUUUUCGUCGCUUUUGCCACCAAUCGAUGCUAUCCGUCGUUGACCUGCGCACCUGCGGCGCUGCUCUACAGACCAUUCGAUUUUGCUUAAUUUUAUCACAAAAAAG